UUAACUUAACUUUGAGUUAAUUGAAUCCAUACUUGCAAUUUGAACUUGUGUUCAGCAGGUAUGAAGUUACCAUAAUGUUUGUUGUGGUUUAUUAGAAUUCCACUUUGUCUUUCAAAUCCUGGAUGAGGCAUCAAUGGAUCAAUCAAUUGAUCUGCAGAGUUGAAAUAGUUAACCUAUUUUGAAUGGUAAGUAAAUGCACUUUAAGUUAAUUGAGCUACACAGUUUCCUUUUGUUGACAUCUUGUGAUGCUCAUUGGUCUUGGUGUUCUUUAGCAGGUUGGUUUGUGAUGUCACUAACCCCGCCUUUUUUGAUUUGUGACGCCGCCCAACUCCGCCUUCAUUAUUCUUAAAACAUCCCGCAGGUGUGGCAGGAGAUCUUUCUCCUCCCUCGAUCUGAGUCACAGAAGGGCUUGAGGUUUGACUUCAUUCAUGUAUAUAAUAGUUUGCCCAAACGACUCCCAAAACUUAGGAUCAGACAAUUGUGGAUGAGCAAACCGUCUUUCACUUUCUCCGAGAGUGAUACCAACUCUCUCUAGCAUCAAAACUAAACUGUGGCCCAAGCCAAAAGCAACUAAAAACCCCAAAGAUGAGUCCCCCUCUAAGAUGGAGAAGACGUGCACGGCGUCAACCUCGACAGCACCCGGUGUUGCUUCUGCCGCCGUCGCAAAAAGUUCCCCCCCGCAGCUGAGCGAGGCCGAGAGGAUACGCCUGACGCCCUUUGAGAGGGUGGUCUACGAAAUGGCCCACAAUGAAAGGAUGGUGAACGACCUCAUCCUCGGCCGCAGGGUUGGAUUCUACGAGCUGCGGGGGGAGAUUGGCCAGGGCAACUUUUCAUCAGUCAGACUUGGCAUCCAUGCUUUGACCAAAGAGAGGGUGGCUGUCAAGAUCAUGGAAAAGCAAAGCAAGGUGGCUAAAGGUCCCCAUCCUUUCAUCUCCUCGGAGAUCCACUGCAUGGAAAAGCUGUGCCACCCCAACGUGGUGCGUCUGUACGAGGUGAUGGAAACGAGCAGAAAGAUGUAUCUGGUGAUGGAGUACGGUAGUGGCGGCGACCUGUUCGCUCGCGUCACCACCAGGGGAAAGCUUAGCGACCUGGAGGCUAAGCUGAUUUUUGCCCAAGUGGUCUCUGCUGUGAAACACAUGCAUGAGAAGAACAUCAUCCACAGGGACCUGAAAGCUGAGAACAUCUUCUACACCACCAGCUACUGCAUCAAGGUGGGUGACUUUGGUUUCAGCAAAGAGAGCGCGCCCAACGAGCUGCUCACCAAUUUCUGCGGCUCGCCGCCGUACGCCGCGCCUGAACUCUUUUGCGAAAAAGGAUACAUGGGCUGCUAUUCGGACAUCUGGGCUUUAGGUAUUGUUCUGUACUUCAUGGUGACCGCCACGUUGCCUUUCUACGGGGACAAUUUGAGCAGGCUGAAGCGUUGCAUUCUCCAAGGGGCCUACAGCAUCCCCACCUAUGUGCCCGACGAUUGCCAGCUCGUCAUCAAGGGCUUGUUACGGCCCGUACCUGUGGACCGCUCAUCACUCGCCCAAGUUUCGGACGGCGCUUGGUUGAAGGGAAUCCAUUACCCAGACCCGUAUGUGCCCCUGCCCUUAGUCCCGGCGCACUUGGCUCAGGCCACCGAUGCUCUGUGCGUGGAAGAAAAGGAAGUGAAGACUCUGCUGUCAGACUUGGGCAUCGUAGCUGUUCACUUGCAAAACAAUCCCUGCUUGGACUCAAAGAGCCCGCUUACCGGAACCUACCGCAUCCUCCUACACCGGGUCCAGAAGAGAAGGUCCGUCGAGGCCGUCGGCUAUGGGGCACAUCGCCCCGACGAGUAUAAUAGUCAGGCACGGUGGUGCGUCGCGUCAAUGGACAAACGUAACCCAUCAGAAGUCUGUAUUAUACUCUAAUGAAGUGGUGCCUUGACUAUACAGGAGCCACAUUUUUUUAAGGAACAAAGAAACUUUGAUAAUUUUUUUUAACUUGGAGCCAAAAUCCAAAUUACCAGUUAGACACUCCACCACAAGAUAAACAGUGAGCGUCACAACCUCAAGCCAUCAUCAGUUCUCGUAGUGCGGCGAUCAUUUGCCAAAUUUAUUUUUUCUAACCAUGACAAAUGUUAAGAGCUAAACGGAUGAUGUCCGUUGAAUGGAAUCUUAAAAUUAUUGAAAAAUACAAGCAAGGUUUGCAGCUGACUUGGCAAAGCACAAAAUGUACUGUGUACUAUACCAGUGGUGUCAAACUCAUUUUUGUCAAUUGUCACAUUGUAGUCAUGGUUUGUCUUGAUCUUUGGUACAUUAGUUUUGGAAUAAAAACAAAAAUAUGUAA